CAUUAAAUUCGCCGGUACCCACUUAUACACCUGGGUGGAGAGAGGCACUGUGAGUGUUAAGUGUCUUGCUGGUAUCUUAGACGUGAUAAACUAGUCUCAAUUCCUUUUUAGUUGACGCUCUCUGUAGCACGGGUUCCCGAAAAACCCUCAGUGACGGAUGCACCAUUAGUGACGAUUGCAGCACGAUCACCUGCAAAAUGGAUUUUGUCGACAAGCCAAUCACUUUUAAGCUCAAGGUCAAUAAGUGUGAUGACCCAGUCAGUGUAACCGCUUCGAUGGACGUUCCAGAUCUGCGUAUCACCUGGUCUCACACUUACACCAGUGAUGAGAUCGUAGCAGUGCCAGGCUUCACUGCUUCCUUGUCUUCUUUCUUCUCCGCUGGUGUGUACGUACAAGUGGCACUAACUCCUAACGGCGACGAACUUCGUCUAACGGUGAAACUCCUGGCUGGAGGCGAGAUUUUGGGAAAUAGCGUUUAUCCUGUGAAGGCGACCGUGAUGGAGGGAGACCUGCCAAUUAAUACCAAUGAUUGUGGUGACUUUGCCUGGUGGUAUGACAUGUCUGUUGUUGGUCAGGGAGCUGUGAUUGGCGGCUCUCUUGUCUUCAUCAUCAUCAUGAUCAUCUGCUGCUAUUGCUGCUGCUGCAGGUCCGACCAACCGAACAACCACGGGAUGAUCGUCGUACGACCUGCUGCUGGCCCUUCUUUCAUGGCAACCAGCACCAACGUCGUCUUUCCAAUGCAGCCGCAGGCCUAAAGAACAUGAGACACCACGCCCUUUGCAGAAACCAAUCCCGUACCCAGAGUAUUCAUCGGUUACUUCGCAUGCCUGACAAAAGCGACUACUGUUUGGUUGGAAUCAUAUAUACCUAGGUUCUGGUCACGGGACUGCGCGAGUGCCCAACAUGAGAGGAAAUGCUUCUUAAGGCUGGUUUGACGUUUGUCGCGACGUAAAGCCUUAAUAAGGAACAACUGAUGUUUAUCCAAAGUUUUCAUCAAUAUUCGUUUAUUUUGAUCAGUUGAAAUAAAUAUUAGCGAAGCUCCGACGGUCCGAAGGGCUGCCAAGCGGAGCCCCAUACUCAAAGUAAUCCGUAAAUCGCUUUUCUCAUUGGUAAAAAUAGCUAGCGGCGUUGCUCGUAGGCGCGUGCGCACGACGACGACGAUGUCGCGCAACAUGGCGCCUAUACUCCAGCUAAUAGGACAUGCGGCCUUAGUUAACAGCGUACAUCUGAUAUUGGACAUCCAUUCUAUGGUCAAUUGACACCUGUCAAAACAAGGUGUCCGCUGACCAAUAUCGCGUGACCAGUAUCACGUGACCAAAUUGAGAUUAUCGAGACCACGUGUUUUUUGAAGUUAACUGCUGACCAAGUACCGGCCUUUCGAUUGGUUCGCGGUCUCAAACCAGGUUAAAUUACUGUAAUCAAGGCCGGGUUGUUCGGAACUGAGCCGGUUAACGCUAACCGAGAAUUAAAAGUUGCGCGAAGUAUAAAUUUUUCUUGUAUAAAAAUGUUUUUUACUGCUUUUGUUUGUGUAGUUUGAGAUUAUUCAAAAUCAGAAGACCAAACAAUUUAAGCAGAAAACCUCACCACCAAGUAAAAAAAAAAGUCAAAUCAAAAUUCUCACUUAUCCUGGGUAAGCUCGGCCCAGGAGCUCCGCUCUUAGACUUAGCUAAAUCUAUAUAUUAGUAAUAUUAUAAUCUACACAAAAAUUGGCAAAAGGAAUAAACGACGUUUCGACAUC